AACUGUUUACCGUUAAAACGUUUUGCUACGACAUGGAUUAAUGAAUACAGCCCAGGGUGACAACGCCGAUGACUUUCUAUGAACAUGGCCGCUCAAGAUGAACUCAAUCAACUGGAGCGAGUUUUCUUGCGUUUGGGCCAUGCAGAGACUGAUGACCAACUCCAGGACAUUAUAUCCAAGUUCCUGCCCCCGGUCCUCCUCAAACUGUCCAGCGUGCAGGAGGGAGUCAGGAAGAAAGUGAUGGAGCUCCUGGUCCACCUGAACAAGAGGAUUAAGAGCAGACCGUUGAUCCAGCUACCAGUAGAGACCCUCCUGGUUCAGUACCAGGACCCCGCCGCAGCGUCCUUUGUUACGAAUUUCACUAUCAUUUACAUCAAGAUGGGUUACCCUCGACUGGAGGUGGGGAACCAGUGUGAGCUGGCACCUACUCUGCUGACUGCUAUGGAGGGCAAGCCUGAGCCCCAACAGGAUAGCUUGAUGCAUCUCCUGAUCCCGUCCUUGUAUCACAUGAAGUACCCAAAGGAUUCUUCCAACUCUUCCAAGAUGGCCUCUCCCUUCAUCCUGAUGGAGAAACCCAAGACGGUUCAGUUACUGCUGGAGUUCAUGUUGGACGUACUGCUGAUGCCCUACGGGUUUGUCCUGAACGAGCCUCCCACUCGCCCAGCUCCCUCAUCCCCUCAGGGUAGCUCUGGGGCAGCGGCGGCCGGACCGGGCCUCCCCCAGCCUCCUCCAGGGAUGAGCGUCUACGCUGCCAAGAGGGUCAUUGGAGAGGCCCAGUGGAGCCCAGAGCAGCUGGAACAGUGUAAACUCGGCAUAGUGAAGUUCAUCGAGGCAGAACAGGUACCGGAGGUGGAGACGGUCAUACACCUGGUGGUUGCCUCUAGCGACACAAGACACGGCGUUGCCACGGCCGCGGACCUGGAGCUCAAGAGCAAGCAGAGUAUUAUCGACUGGAACAACCCCCUGAUCGUCAACAGGAUGUACAAGGUCUACCUGGGAGACAUCCCCCUCAAAACUAAGGGGGCCAGUCUGAAGAGGGAGCUGAAACAUGAGCCGGUCAGCACCAGAGUCAAGAUGAAGAUCCUACCACAUCUCUUACGCUCACGCCUCGCCGCUGAGUGCUUCCCGGCUAACAUACAGGUGGUGUACGACGGUCUGUUUGGCGCCAACACCAACAACAAGCUGCUCUCUCUUACACUUCAGUUUGUUCACCACAUCUGUCAGGUAUGUCCUGACACCAACAAACCACUGGGUCUGAUGCUGCUGAAUGGCCUCACCAAGCUCAUCAACGAGUACAAGGAGGAUCCUAAGUUGCUGUGUAUGGCCUACUCUGCUGUGGGGAAACUGUCCAGCCGGAUGCCCCAACUCUUCACCAAAGAUAUCGCUCUGGUCCAGCAGUUCUUUGAGGCCAUGUGCAAGGAGGAGCCUGAUGUCCGUCUAGCCAUCCAGGAGGCUCUGUCUAUGAUGGUGGGAGCCUACGCUAACCUACAGGGGGCGCUACUGAACCUGAUGGAAGCCCUGGUGGCAGCUUACAUGGGCAAGCCGGAGGUGCAGGUGCGUCAGGUGGCAAUGAAGUACGCCAGCACGGUAUUCGCUCCUGAUCACGUGCCCUCCAGAUACUUGCUCCUAUUGGCUGCUGGGGACCCGAGAGAAGAGGUAUGCAGCGAGGCCCAGCGUGUCUUGAGGGCUCUGCCUGCUAAGAACUCGGAGAAAGAGGGCCGUAAACCCAUGCCCUCAUUCCCUGACAUGGUGGCCUACAUCCAGGAGAAGGCUGCUCAGAGGAUGAAGACGCCGGCUAAGUACAUCGUGGGGACGUACACUCUCCCCUUCAACCCUUCUGCGUUUGGCGAGAUCGUGCUGUACCUGCGGAUGUGUCUGGCCCACAGUGCCGGGGCCACGCCCGUCUCCAAGAGCCUGGCGGACAUGCAGGACGACGCGCCUGCCAUCGGACGCUACACGCACGCCCUGCUCUCCAACGAACCCCUGACCUCCCCGUCCUCCACUGGAACCAAGGGGGCAGAGGUCAACCCUGUGCAGGUCUACAUGGAGCUACUGCAGCAGCUGCUGUCUGCUGUAGGAGGAGUCCCUGUGAUGUACUGUCUCCUGGAGGUGGUGUCUGUCUGUCCUCACAACCUGGCCCCCAUGUUUAUCCACAAGAUCGACUGGAUCAAGAGUCUAAUGAACACCAACAAGGAGGACCUAAGGGAGCUAGCAGCUCAGCUCUACGCUGUGGUGGUGUCCACCAUGUCAGGAAACGAGCUGAAGACUGCCGUUCAGACGCUCAUCAAGAUCACUAAAGAUACACACAGCCCCGAGACCCAGCACGGAGCCAUCAUGGCGCUGGGCUACAUGGUGGCCAGGUACAUGAGCAAGAGGAAGUCCUUCGCUAACGGAGACUCCGCCCUCAACCGGGAACAGAGGAUGAACGACACGCCCAAGGAGGACGAGGAGCUGGUCGCUAUAGCAACCAAAGCCAUCGGCUCUUUCCUAGACAGUGGUUCCCCUCUGCUCGCUGUCGCUGCCUGUACAGCCCUCGGGGAGAUCGGGAGGAACGGGCCUCUGCUCAUCCCUUCAGAAGGAGAGGGAUUCACCAAACUAGCCGUGGUGGAGAAGAUGCUGGCUCGCAUCCCCUCUGGGAAAGAGACCCUCAAGAUGAAGGAGAGAGCCAUCCAGACUCUGGGUUAUCUACCAGUGGGAGAUGGAGACUUUGCCCACCAGAAGAAGCUGCUGCAGGGGCUCAUGGACUCUGUGGAGGCCAAACAGGUAGAACUACAGUUUACAGUAGGUGAGGCCAUCACCAGUGCUGCUAUAGGGACCAGUUCUGGAGCUGCCAGGGACCCCUGGACCUGUACUGAGGAACAAUACAGUCCCCCAGACAAUGUGGAGAAUAACGAUGUGGUUCCGUGGGUGCUGAACUCUAUCCUGGCUAAGUACAUCCCAAGUCAAAACCCCCACGUCAGACAGGCUGCCUGUAUAUGGCUGCUCUCUCUGGUGAAGAAGCUGCACCAGCACAAAGAGAUCAGGUCUCACCUGAAGGAGAUCCAGACGGCUUUCAUCUCCAUCCUGUCAGACCCUGAUGAGUUGAGUCAGGAUGUGGCAUCUAAAGGUCUUGGUCUAGUCUAUGAGAUGGGAGGAGAGGGAGACCAGCAGGAACUGGUGUCUACACUGGUUGAAACACUGAUGACUGGCAAGAGGGUGAAGCAUGCCGUGUCCGAGGACACCGAGGUGUUCCAGGGAGAGGCUCUGGGGAAAGCACCGGACGGACACGGACUCUCCACCUACAAGGAGCUGUGCUCAUUGGCCAGUGACCUCAACCAACCGGAUCUGGUCUACAAGUUCAUGAACCUAGCCAAUCACCACGCCAUGUGGAAUUCCCGCAAGGGAGCAGCGUUUGGGUUCAACAUCAUAGCAGCGAAGGCAGGAGAGCAGCUCGCCCCGUACCUGCCCCAGCUGGUACCACGUCUGUACCGAUACCAGUUUGAUCCCAACCUGGGCAUCAGGACGGCCAUGACCUCCAUCUGGGAUGCUCUGGUCACUGACAAGAACAUGGUGGAUAAGUAUCUGAAGGAGAUCCUCCAGGAUGUGAUAUCUAACCUGACCAAUAACAUCUGGAGGGCCCGGGAGUCCGCCUGCCUCGCUCUCAACGACCUCAUCCGAGGACGCAACGCCGACGACCUCAUCGACCACCUGGAGGAGAUCUGGGAGACCCUGUUCAGGGUUCUGGACGACAUCAGGGAGUCUGUCAGAUGGGUGUGUGUGACAUUACAGGUGUGUGUGACAUCUACAGGUGUGUGUGACAUCUACAGGUGUGUGUGUGACAUUAAUCUCUCUCGUCUCCAGGUGUGUACUAGGAUGUGUGAGUCGUCAGGUUUAGCAGCCCAGAGGACUGUAGCUGUUCUGUUACCAACCCUCCUGGAUAAAGGCAUCGUCAGCAACGUGCCUGAGGUCCGCUCUCUCAGUAUCCAGACCCUGGUGAAGGUGUCUAAGACAGCUGGUAAUAGGUUGAAGCCCCACGCCCCUCGUCUGAUCCCAGCACUCCUGGAGGCUCUCAGUGUCCUGGAGCCACAGGUCCUCAACUACCUCAGCCUCCGAGCCACGGAGCAGGAGAAGAGUGCCAUGGAUGCUGCCAGACUCAGUGCUGCCAAGUCCUCCCCCAUGAUGGAGACCAUCAACAUGUGUCUGCAGCACCUGGACGUGUCUGUUCUGGGGGAGCUGGUCCCCAGACUCUGUGACCUACUGAAGAGUGGAGUGGGUCUGGGCACCAAGGGUGGUUGUGCCAGUGUGAUCGUGUCCCUCACCGUCCAGUGUCCCCAGGACCUCACCCCCUACUCAGGUAAACUGAUGAGUGCCCUACUGAAUGGGAUUCAUGACCGUAGCAGUGUGGUCCAGAAAGCCUUCUCCUUCGCUCUGGGACAUCUAGUCAGGACAGCAAAGGACAGCAGUGUAGAGAAACUCCUACUGAAACUCAACACCUGGUACCUGGAGAAAGAAGAGCCGGUGUACAGGUCGUCGUGCGCCCUGACGGUCCACGCUAUCAGCCACUACAGCCCUGAUGUCCUGAAGGGGCAUGCGGUGGUAGCGUUGCCGCUAGCCUUCUUGGGUAUGCACCAGGCGCCGGGACCAGACGAGGAGAAGGGAGAGAGCCACGACGCCACGUUGUGGAACGAAGUCUGGCAGGAACACGUACCAGGAAGCUUUGGGGGCAUCCGCCUCUACAUGACGGAGCUGAUCGACAUUACCCAGAAGGCCUUGCAGUCCCAGUCGUGGAAGAUGAAGGCCCAGGGCGCGGCUGCCAUGGCGUCCAUCGCUAAGCAACAGACGGGUUCUCUGGUCGCCCCUCACCUGGGUAUGGUGUUGUCCGCUCUACUGCAGGGACUGGUUGGACGCACCUGGACUGGAAAGGAGGAGCUGUUGAACGCCAUCGGCUCUGUGGUGUCUAAGUGCAGUGGUGAACUCCAGAAGUCCUCCCCGGGCCAGCCCAGUGUACCAGAGGUGAUAGAUCUGGUGUUGAAGGAGUGUCGUAAAGACAACCUGGUCUACAAGAUGGCUGCCCUGGGCUGUGCUGCUGACGUCCUGCAGGCCACACAGGAAGACCGCUUCAGUGAUAUGGCAGACAUACUCAUACCACUCAUUAAGAAGAACUCUGCAGCAACUUCGAGGUUGAGACAUGAUAGUGAUGACGAUCGGGAUGAGAAGGAGAAGGAGCUGCAGACUGAAGCGCUACUCUGUGCCUUCCAGACGCUGGGCAAGACUUGGCCCAACAACACACAAACCCAGGAGCGUUUCCAGUUGGACCUGUGCUGUCUGAUGUGUGAGAGGUUGAAACUCAGUACAUGGAGGGUCCAGGUGGGGGUGCUACAGUCUAUGAAGACAUACUUCCAGAGGUUGCUACUGUUGGAGAAAGAGAAAGACAACCAGAACUUCACAGCCUUGUCCCUUAUUCUCACUGAGACAUGCAGCGCUCUCACACACCCACUAGAGAAUAAGAGUUACUCCUCUGUGAGGACCGAAGCGUUGUCUGUUGUGGAACUACUGGUGAAGAGGACAGGAGAGAGCGGUCAGUGGGAGUGUGUCUCGGGAAAGAGUCGCGAACAGCUGCAACGGUCACUGUCCACCCUGCAGACAGACAGCAGACCUGACCUCCGAGACAAGGCCCAGGAACUACGGAGGAACAUCCAGAGUCAACCCUGAACACACACACACCUACCUAGUCCACCCUGAACACACACACACCUACCUAGUCCACCCUGCAGACAGACAGCAGACCUGACCUCCGAGACAAGGCCCAGGAACUACGGAGGAACAUCCAGUCAACCCUGAACACACACACACACAAACCUACCUAGUCAACCCUGAACACACACACACACAAACCUACCUAGUCAACCCUGAACACACACACAAACCUACCUAGUCAACCCUGAACACACACACAAACCUACCUAGUCAACCCUGAACACACACACAAACCUACCUAGUCAACCCUGAACACACACACAAACCUACCUAGUCAACCCUGAACACACACACAAACCUACCUAGUCAACCCUGAACACACACACACACACACCUAGUCAACCCUGAACACACCCCCCAGAUCUGUGGACAGGUGUGAUGAUUAUAAUGUCAAUGGGUGGACGGCUGGCUGGGUCAUUUAUAAUUGUAAACGCCAUAUCAACUCACUAUGUAAACAAACAGCACCCUAUUCCCUAUAUAGUGCACUACUGUUGACCAGAUCCCAUAGGAUUCUCUGCUCUGAAGUAGUGCACUAUUGUCGUCCAUCAACUAGAUUCAGCCGCGGGACAAUUUAUCAUUUCUUUUCUUGAGCAGAUGGAUCACAAUUGACUAAAAACAUCAAUUUUAAAAUCUUGUUUGGAUUUGUAAAGGAUCACAUGCAUCUCUUGGAGACUUUGGAAUAGAUUUCCCAAACUAAAAUCAUUUAGAGAUUUGUUUUUUUUUUAGUCUUACAUACUUUCUUUAAAAAAAACUAGUCCUGGGCAGUUUGGGAAUCUGGUGCCGCUGGGUCCUGUGUAACAGCUUCUAAACGGGUCCCUUCUUUCUCUCCUACAGCAGCCAGUACAGUCCACCCCUACUGAUGAACUACAAUGGUACGUCCCACAUGGUGCCCUGAUUCUCUAAACACUACUAGUGGGAAAUAGGGGUUGCCAUUUGGGACGUAAACCCAGGAUGAUACUGCAACUUUAUUUAAUACAUUGGUUGUCAACUCCUUGGUCCUGGAAAGCUACUGGGUGUUAUGGAGGCUGUUGUUCCAGCCAAUCAGAUCAUUCCAGAGGGCUGAGUGUGUGUUUUGCCUUCUCCCUCAAUGAAUUUAAGGUCACUAAUUAGUAAGGACCUCCCCUCACCUGGUUGUCUAGGUCUUUAAUGGAAUGAGAUGAUCAGCAGGCUUUUGUUCCAGCCCAACACUUAUCACGGUUUGGACUGAAAUAGGUGCCGGGGAGCUCCACAAUACUGUUAAUUUUCUGUCGAACGCCUGAUGAUAGGUAAUGUUAACUAGUGCUGGGUUGGACCAAAAGCCUGCACCUACCUCUGGAGCUCUUCAGAACUAGAGUUGGUGACCAGUGAUGUUUCUCUGUCUGAACUUGGUAAUUACUUCUUUCUCUCCCCCAGUUUGCAUGUGUAAAAAAUAUAUUUUCAGCCAUGUUGAUUAAAAACCCAACAAUGAACAGUGAGGGGUCGGUUGGUGUGAGAGGGAGGCAUGUAAUUCUGUCUCCAAAAAUAAAUAAACUACCUUGAGCUUUGAA